GGCACGUCUCCGGCGGCAGUGUCUCCGCCUGGCUCAGCCUGGCUCGGACUGGAACCAGACGCGAUGAUUAUGAUGCGGGCUGCGGUGCUGCUGCUCGGACUCGCGGUGGUCUCGUGCCGGGCACAGGUCGCCCCCCCCACAGUGAACAUCAGCCUGGAUGAAGAUCCAGAGGUGCGAUGGAACCCUCUGGUCAAAGUCUUUGACGUAGACUACCUGAGGAAAGCCGCCGCGGAGGUUAUCGACACUACAGUUCCGAAAUGGCUUCAUCAUGCAGUUGCACCUUUGGUGAAGGACCUGGAAAAGUUCAUUCCUCAGCCGUAUGCGGGGGAGAUCCGUGGCUUGGCCUCACACCUGGGAAGCAUUUCAGAUGUCAUAAUUCUCAACUUUGCCUAUGAAAUAUCUGCAUUUUGUACUAGCAUCGUAGCUCAGGACAAAAAUGGGCACGUGUACCACGGCAGGAACCUUGAUUAUCCACAUCCUGUUCUGAGGAAUCUGACUAUGGAUGUAAUAUUCCUCAAGAAUGGAGAGGUGGCGUACCGUGGGACUUCAUUUGCUGGAUACAUUGGCCUGUGGACGGGACAGAGUCCUAACAAGUUUACCAUCUCUGGCGACCAGAGAGGCAGUGAACACUGGUAUAACUGGUGGAAGAAUGUGGUGUCGGCUUUCAUUUUCCGGAGAUCCCCAGUCAGCUGGCUGGUGAGGGAGACACUGGAGAAAGCAGAGGACUUUCUUGAUGCCGUAAUGCAUCUCUCCAAGAUUCCCCUCAUCACCGGGGUGUAUUUCAUCGUGGGUGGAGUGCGAGCAAGAGAAGGGGUCGUCAUCACCAGAGACCGAAUGGGCCCCGCUGAUAUCUGGCCGCUGGAACCCCUGACUGGAAGAUGGUACAGAGUGGAGACAAACUUUGACCACUGGCUCCCGCCACCAGCGAGGGAUCACCGAAGAGACGCAGCCAACAAAGCACUAAAUGCUACCGGCCAAGAUCACAUCAACAUGGAGACCCUUUAUCAGGUUCUGUCGCUGUAUCCGGUGUGUAAUGGAGGUACGGUUUACACAACAAUAAUGAGUGGAGCAGCCCCCGAGAAGUACAACACACUUAUAAGGCCGCAGGGCUGCUAAACUGACAAGCCUUGAGCGCUCGACACCGCACAGAUUUUUACUGCAGUGUCCAUCCAACAUGGUCACCUGUAGAUUCACGAUCACGUGGAGAUUGAAUAAUCAACGAUUAGAAGGUCAUUGGACUCAAGCAUUGUGAGGGUGACAGUGCUUUUCUGUCGCUAAUAAAAAUUGCUCCGAUCAUUUUUGUCACCUUUUGUAACUGGAAUUUAUAUGUCAAGCUUAAUAAAAAUGUUUACUUGAUUGCUACCAUCUGGA